GCCGUGCCGUGCUGUGCCGGGCCGUGCCGUGCCGUGCCGUGCCGUGUCGCGGGCAGAGACGGGGGCGAUGGACCCCGACGGGGAGGACCUGUCCCGGCUGCGCGCCCUCUUCCUGUCUUGCGACGCCAACGGCUCGGGCCGCAUCGAGCGGGAGGACUUCGCGGCGCUCUGCGCUGAGCUGCGGGUGCGGCCGGAGGAGGCCGAGGCCAUCUUCCAGCGCCUCGACAGCGACCGCGACGGGGCCAUCACCUUCCCGGAGUUCGCCCGCGGCUUCCGCGGCGCCACCCGGCGGCGGCCUGGAGCCGGCCGCGGGGAGCCACGGGACGGGGGAGACGACGAGGGGGAGACGGCGGCGGCAUGGGCCGCCGCGGGGCUGGAGCAUCCCUGGAGGGACUUCGAGGUCCGGCUGGGGGACGAGGCAAGGUUCAUUCCCAGACAAGAGCAAGUCAGUGUUCUGUAUCAGAACAUACACAUAGUGGAACCAAGAUUAAUCCAGCCGUACGAACAUGUCAUUAAGAACUUCAUCCGAGAGAUCAAGCUUCAAAGCACAGAGAUGGAAACCUUGGCCAUCGCUGUCAAAAGAGCUCAGGAUAAAGCGGCAGUUCAGCUGAGUGAGCUGGAGGAAGAGAUGGAACAACGGAUACAGGCUGCGGAGCAUAAAGUUAAAAAGGAAGAGAAACGAAAAGCUGAAGAAGCACUAAAUGAGUUGAAGCGCCAAUAUGAUACUGAAGUUGGGGAUCUCCAGGUGACAAUAAAAAAACUUAGAAAGCUGGAGGAGCAAUCCAGAAACAUAAAUCACAGGGAAGAUGUGGUUGAACUGAAAAAAAGAAUACAUGAUAUGUUGCUGGAAAAUCAGAAACUUAAGAAAGAUCUCCUAGAAGCACAGACAAAUAUUGCUUUUCUACAGAGCGAAUUAGAUAGCUUGAAAAGCGAGUAUGCAGAUCAGACUUUAAACACGGAGAGAGACCUAGAAAUGAUCCGUGAGUAUACUGAAGACAGGGAUAAUCUGGAAAGACAAAUCGAGAUGCUUCAAUCAGCUAACAGAAAACUACAUGACAGCAAUGACGGUUUAAGAAGUGCACUUGAAAACAGUUUCAGCAAGUUCAACAGGUCAUUGCGGUUAGCAAACACCUCACCAGGAAGUACCAUUUGUAGAAGCAGUCCCAAAUGCAGUGGCGGACAGUCUCCUCUAAACCCACAAUAUGACAGAUCAUCUCAUUCUUCAUGUGUGGAUGAAGAUUAUGAUUCUUUAGCCCUCUGUGACCCCAUGCAAAGGAUAAACUGUGAAGUUGACAGCUUACCUGAGAGCUGUUUUGACAGUGGUUUGUCUACUCUGAGAGAUUCAAAUGAAUAUGAUUCAGAAGUGGAAUACAGGCAACAAAGACUUUUUCAAAGGUCGCAGUGUAUGCAAGAAGGCUUUGGUGGUGAUGCUUCUGAUACAGAUGUUCCAGAGAUCAGGGAUGAAGAAGCAUACAGUCCUGAUAAUGGCAGUACAAUAUUAGAUUGGAAACCCUCAAGACCAGUAAGUCGAAGCAGCUCAGUUGCUUCAACAAGGAAAUACAUAUCCGCUCUGAUUCCUCAGUCAGGUGCAACAGAAUGUACUCCAAAAUACCCAAGUUCAGAGAAGGCUUACAAGAUUGUUCUUGCUGGAGAUGCAGCAGUGGGAAAAUCCAGUUUCCUUAUGAGACUUUGCAAGAAUGAAUUUAGAGGCAAUACCAGUGCAACCCUAGGGGUGGAUUUUCAAAUGAAAAGACUAAUUGUUGAUGGAGAACCUACAGUGCUACAGCUGUGGGACACGGCUGGGCAGGAGAGAUUCCGAAGUAUUGCUAAAUCAUACUUCAGAAGAGCAGAUGGUGUCUUACUGUUAUAUGAUGUAACAUGUGAAAAAAGCUUUCUUAAUGUGCGAGAGUGGGUGGAUAUGAUUGAGGAUGCAACUCAUGAGAAUAUUCCAAUUAUGAUGGUAGGAAACAAAGCAGAUCUCCGUCAAGCAGUUACAGAACAAGGGCAAAAAUGUGUGCCUAUAAACUAUGGAGAAAAGCUGGCUAUGACUUAUAACGCACUGUUCUGUGAAACAAGUGCUAAAGAUGGAUCUAAUAUUGUAGAAGCAGUUCUUCAUCUUGCUCGUGAAGUGAGAAAACGAAGUGAUAAUCAAGAUGAUACGAGGUCAAUAACCAGCUUGGCUGGGAUGCCUGUCAAAAAAUCAGCACUCACAAAAAACUGUUGCAAUGUUUAAGUGACAGACUCUUGACUUAAAGAACUCAUAUACAUAUAUAACUAUUUAAAAAAAAAAAAGAAAAAGAAAAAUGAAGGAUUUCAAUUAUGUAUUCUUUUUACUAUGGAUUUAUACAUUUGUGUAUUUAGAAGUUCUACAUCAUGGAAAAAGUCCAGCCUCUGCUUUCUACUAAUUCAUAUUUAUACACUUGCUUUGUCCUGUAGGCUCUGAUUUCACCUUUCUUAAGUAUUGUAAUUCAAUGAAGUGAGCUCAGAAUCAAUACUGCAGCAGUCAGUGCAUGAAAUAUUGUAAUAUAUUUUAUCUUCUUUACCUGCUUGUUUCUUUAUGGGCUCAAUAUUUCUUACAUACAGAAUAUGAUAAGAUAAUAUAAUAUCACUCAUAGCAAAAGAAAAAAAUUGCAUCUUUUUUUCUCGUGCCCAUGUACCUAGUUUUUUGAAGGCCUUAAGUUACACCUUCAUGAAACAUUUCCCAAGAAAACCCCAAGCCAUUAAAAUGUUGCCUAGUUACAAGUUCAGGGCGUGAAGCAGAAUGGUCUCUUGGGAGAAGACAGAGGUGGGUGUAUGGGGUACUGGUUUAAUUUUACAAAAGUUGGCGAGAUAAAAUUUAUUUAAUUUAGGGACUUAAGGUAUGAUUCAGAACUGAGAAGCAGACUUUAUUUCUGAUCCUACACAGCUUAAAAGUGAAAUUAACAUUUGCGUGGGCCAUUACAGUUCCAAAUCCCAGAUAGAUCUAUAAUACCUGUGAUAUGUAGGGUUACUGAGAUUAAUUAAUGAUCCAGUACCUGCCUCUUUGUUUAGACUAGACCAUUAAUAGUGUUACAGAGAGAUAGAGAUUGUAAUUUUUGCUUGUUUUUCAAAUGCUUCCCUUUUAUACAUUAAUUGAGGGUUUGUAAUAGCACAGAGGAGUCUGUUUUAAAUGGAUAUUCUUCAGACAUUUUUGAAGUUUUAGACAUGCAGGUGGAAGAAUUGCUGCACAUGCACAAGCAUCUGUAUGAGCUAUUCACUGAAAGUCUCUGGAAUGAACAGCAACCACUUAUCUUAAUGAGAAUACUGUAGCCUAAAUUUAAGAAAAUUCUGAGAUACCAGUAGGUGAUAGUUAGAGGUGUCAGGAUCUUUAAAAGCUGAGUUGUUAUUGCUUAUAAUAGUUCCCAACAGUCAUAUAGUAUAGUAGAAAUUGAAGGUAUUUCUGUUGUCAACAAUCACGGUACAAUCCUCAGCUUUCACUAAUUUUGAUGGGACUAGGUUAGGACCCCUUAAGAGCAAGUGAACUGUUUCAGUGUUUUCUGUUUAUAUAUAGAAAAUAUCUCCAGGCUGAAACCUGCCUCAAUAAAUCAACCUUGAGUAAAGUUUUAUGGACUUAAUGGAAACCCAUAUGACCAACAGCUGCUACUGUGUUUUAUCAGUGCUGUAUUUGAACACUGUAUAGCCUGAGCUAUGUUAUCAGUAGUAUAAAAUGUGGAGUUCUUAGAAAUAGGAAGGUUCAUCAUUGUUAAAAAAAAUACUGUUUUAAAGGAGGGGGAACAGUGUUUUAAAGCAUCUUUUCGAGCCUCUUGAUCCAGAGCAGCUAAUAGGUAGUUAUAUGAAAGCUUGUUCUUAACGUGACAAAGAAAUCUAAUGCCAGAAGAAAUAAGACAUUUUUAUUUCACUUUAUUGUACUUCAGCCCUAAAAGAAAAGACAUGUUUAGUGUCCUCUUUGAAAUAUUGAGGGGAAGCUAUUUGGAGUUUCUCUGAGUAGAAAACCAUGCCUAGCUGAGCUAACUGAUGAGGGCAUCUUUCGUGAUCUUUGUGUCUAAAACUUGUCUCCAAAGGAGUAAGGUGGAAGGAGAGUCAAUAUGGGUUGUACUUGCAUAUAGUUCUUCCUGCAGUAGAGAGGAGAGGUGGAGAAGAUCUAUGAAUGAUUUCUGAAGUGAGCUUACGCUCACAACGUGUAGGGGUUUGCAUUUUCUCAAGAAGAAAAGGUCGUGAUUAUAAGCUUGUUACUUGCAUUCCAAAAUACUGCUUCUUCAGUGUUACUAACUUCAUUUAACUUGCACAACUGAGACUGGAGCUUGGUGUUCUAUGGUCCAUUGGAUGAAUCACAGUGUUUGACCAAGUCUGUGGUCUUGGCCUGCUAUAAAUAAGGUGAAAUACAUUUGUGUAAACCUUCUUGACAAGCCCACAUCAGAAAAACAUUUUGCUUGGGUACAGAAAAUUACAUAAAUUUGUUUGCAAGAAAGAUUUCAGGAUAUGUUUUUUCCCAACCUCCAAAGCACUUAAGCAGAGAUGGACUAUUGCCAGUUGUAGAUUAGGUUAGCUGUGUUUUUUACCAUCUGCUGCUACCAAGAACAGUUUGGCUGUGGCCUUUGUAACUCUCCUUUCAACAGCUGAUUAAAUCAUUUAAUUUCAGUAGCUGUAGUCUAUUAGAUUACCCUCUACCUUCUAUUCACAAAUAUGGUAACAAUGCGGAGUACCCCUUUCAAAAGUGACUUCCAGAUCCUUAGUUAGCCUUAGUUAGCCCUAGCACGUGUGCAUGUGCAGUAAUUCAUUUCACAUCUGAGGUGCUUUUCAUACAGAGUGCUAUGUGAAUAUCUAUUCCUGUAGAGAGCCUGGCUGAAGGACAUGAAUUCAGGGACCUAUUUUUUUUUUUUUCUCUGCCAGAUUGGGCCAUGGGCAUUUUGGGUACCUUUUUUCAUUUAUUUUAAUGAGCAAAAUGUCUCCUGUGAUAUUUGGCCAAACUAUGCAAACCAAAUAACUUUUUUUAAGCUAUGUAAUUUUUAUGUGUGUCAAGUAAAGCAACAGUGUUUUGUUUUUUUUUGUUUUGUUUUUUAUAAAGUAAGAUUCAGGGUUGGAAACUGUUAACAAAAUUUUACCUUGGACUAGUUUUAUGAUCAAGGUAUGAAUUACUAGAAAAAGCACUAUUGAAUGGGGAUAUAACUAUAGCUCUGUUGGAACUGGUUUUAGAAAUCCUAUUAUGAUCAGCUCCAUCAAGUCUGAAUAUUCACAUAACACCAGGUAGAAUUUGUGUUAAAGCAAGAGAAAUUGGAAAAAAUAUUUAAAUAUGGAAACAAAACCAUGUAUUUAUAAAUGGAAAUAAUAAAUAUUUGAGGCUUUCAAUUGUUUUGCUUUGAAAAGUUACCUUGCUUUCUACCUGAAUUGUAAAGUGAAAAACAUCAGCUUUAUGCUCUGACAUGGUUGCACUAUUGUACUUUAAAUGUUUUUAUGGUUUUGUUUAGUAUGUAAGAGCUAUUCAUUAAAUCAUACAAAGCUAUUUUUUUAGUUAGUGGAUGUGUUCCCUUAAUACAUAUAUUUAUUCAAAAAGGAAAGACUUUUCAUGUUUUUCCUCAUGAUCUGUAAAUAUAUUAUUUUUAUUCAGUUGACAUGGAAGUAUUAUUUUGUCCUGUAUUGUUUUUGACCCUAAUUGUGGCAUAGUGCACGUAUCUGAGGCAAUAAUUUUUGUUAGACACCCUGAAAACGUUCUGAUAAAUGACUAUUCUUCUAACCACUUUGUGCCUGUUCAGCAUACAUUAGUGGCUUAAUAAGAUGUGUUGCAGAUUUGGUUAAUUGUUCUUAGAAGUACAGUUGUGGCCUAACAUGGAUUACAUGUUUUUCAAUGUAGCUAUUUUUUUGUACAGAGUACAGCAUCCUCUAUUAUUUUAGGAAAAAUAAAUUACAGUUUUACAUCUGUAUGCCUGUUAAAGUGUAUUUAAAGGAAAAUAUCUACAGGCCACUGCUUCAAGGAGUGUCGUGUAGAUGUGUACGCAUGCAGAUCCCCAGUUAAGCUAACAGCUUCUGUGCCAGUGCAGGCAAUCUGUUCAUUUGUAUGAACGUUUUCUCUUGUACACAACCUCCUGCUGUUCAACGAUGCUAGGUAACUUUAUAGGGAAACAAAUUUCAGUGAAAGAUCCCAGAUUCAUAAACAGAAGGGAGAUAUUUAUUCAUAUCAUCAAGGCACUUUAUUAUUUUAGGAAGAAACUUACUUCCAAGAUGUUUCUGACUGUAGUAAGUAAUUAAAAAAAUAGAUCCAGUAACUCAUCUGCAGUUCAAAUGCCUUUUCCCACUGCCUGUGCCAGGUUUGAUAUAGCAUGUAAUGCUAUCCCUCUGACCCUGUACAGGCUACUUAUGGACUGGAGAAACUUUUUACAGUACUAGAGGUUCUAGUAUUUCUCUCCCACUGCAUUACUGUAAGUAAUAGUAAUCCUAAUGCUUACUUAUGGAUAUCUGCAGGACUGGUAACAUCAUUAUUCAUCAUUUUUUUUUUUUUUUUUUUCACAUACCUUGUUUUGCAAGAAAACCCUCCUUAUGGUUAAAGAGAAUUUGUCUCAGAUGUGUGAAAUGUAUGUUCAAAUGUAUUACAUAGUUUGUAAAAUGAAGUCCUUUUCCUAUAAUUUCUGCCCUUUGAGUUAUAGCUAUAGAUAACUGAGUUUAUGUGAAAUUAGUCAUUAGGUGACUGACUAACCAAUAAACCCAAGCUGUGGAAGUUUCCCACUAAAUAUAAAGUAUUUAAAAUAGCAAUGUAUUUUCAUACUAGUAUGAGGAAGAAACUCAGUGCCAAUGGCAUGUAUCAAAUUUUUAUAAAGCUCUAAAUUGUGAAAACUUCUGAAACUUUAAUUUAUACUGUUUACGAUUAGAACUGUGGUGUUCAUGAAGUUUGUUCCUCCUCCAAAUGAGUGAUCACUGCAUCCACUGUAAUUUUGUACAUGUAUAUGUUUAAAAAGAACUACACUUUCCCUAUAUUGAAAAUUACUGUACA